AUGCUUUCGCGGCUUGGGAGCGAGCCAUUAGACAAUCUUGAUUCACCAUGUCAUGAUCCUACACUGUCCUCUCCUUCCAUAACCACCUCGGCGGCUACAAAAAGGCGCUACUCGAAAGUGUGGCACUAUACACCUGUUGGCCGCAAUGAGGUUACUCUUAAUGCGAAGGGGAAGUCAAUAUGGCGCUGCAAGUACUGCGCAAAGGAGUAUCUCGAGUCUGGUGGAACAACUGUUAUUUCAACCCAUCUAAAGGACCGGCAUAAUAUCGAUAUAUCUUCUACCCAAGAAACCCGAACUGCCCAUCAAACCACCGAUUAUAAACGCCGCUGUCUAUCCACGAUUGCAACUCACGAUGUAGACCCUGCCGUCCUCGAACAACUAUACGACAGUGGAUCACGACCUGCAGUGUGUCUUUUCGUAUGGCAAACGAUCGACAACUGGCUGCCAAACUCUCCUUCAACCAUACGCAGUUGUACUUUGCGGACAUAUGAGACCCAGAAACUUCGAGUCAAACGCGAGACCCAGUUAGCUCUCUCGAAAGUACACUUCACAGUUGAUCUCUGGACUUCGCCUAAUGCCCUUGCGAUUCUUGGCAUUGUUGCACACUAUACAUCCGAAUCCGGCCAGUUAGAAUACUCCGUUCUGGCUUUGAGAGAACUCGACGGCAAGCACUCGGGCCCAAAUAUGGCAGACUGUGUUAUGGAAAUUAUCAACGACUAUGGAAUUGCCUCCAAAGUGGGCUAUUUCAUGAUGGACAAUGCAGACAACAACGGUACAAUGAUGAAGUAUCAGAUUGUCUACAAUGCGGAACACCACCGCCUGCGCUGCAACGGCCAUAUCAUAAACCUAGCCGCUCAGUCCUUUCUCUUUCAGACCAACGAUGAAUCUCUUGCAGAUGAGAAUAAUACGAGCGCCUUGACAACGCCCACGGAACUCGAGAUGGAGCAAUGGCGACGCAAGGGGCCUCUUGGGAAACUACAUAAUAUCGUGGCAUAUAUCCAGCGGAGCCCACAACGCUUGGCCAAUUUCAGAGAGCUCAGUGGCGGCCGCAACCUCGUACGGGACAACUCUACUCGCUGGAACUCUUGGUAUGCGAUGAUCCGUACUGCAACGAAGCUUAAGACUGCGAUCAACCUCUUUUGCCACCAGUAUCAAGAGAACAGCGACGACCUGUUGUCGGAAAAGGACUGGCAAGAAUUGCAAAAGCUCCAGGACUUCCUGUUGUUCUUCUAUGAUGCCACAACAGGGACAGAAGGUCGCAAUACUGCAAAGGAAAAAUAUGCGGAUGACCCGUUCAUGAGUCCUUGUUGCAACUCCGGCUGGGCCAAGCUGGAUAAGUAUUACAGCUUGACGGACAGAUCGCCGGUCUAUAUUGCAGCACUAGUAUUAUCUCCACAGUGGAAGUGGGACUAUAUUGACAACAAUUGGCCUUCAGACUGGCGGGAGCCUUGUCGGAAACAAAUGUUGGAUUUCUGGACCAAAGAAUAUAAAUCCACUGCGGUUACAGUCCCUACUCAGACGUCAGAAGCAGGUAAUAAGGUCAAGAACUCCUUUCACAAGUGGGCGCAGCAGAGGAAAGGGAGCAGCCUCAGUCAGGACGAGUACACAAAGUAUCUUCUUGCUCCAAUAGUACCAGAAGUGACGGAUCCUCGAUCCUGGUGGCUUGAGCCUACUCAGAGGAAGUCUUACCCGGCUCUAUCUAUUAUGGCUUUAGAUGUAUUGUCCAUUCCGGCAAUGUCGGCGGAGCCAGAACGCCUGUUUUCGGGUACAAAGAUCACUAUUACAGACCGUAGGAAUCGCAUGGGCAUUGAAAGUAUUGAGGCGACGGAAUGCCUCAAAUCAUGGCUUGGCAAAGGCAGCAGGGUGGCCUUUGCCGACAGUGAUGGAUAG